AUGGACCUCUUUGUGGUUCGCCAAAACUGGAUAUUUUGGGUUUUGUUUCUAGUCUCGUCUGCCCAUGCCCUGAGUGUUUCUGGCAACGGUGUUCAGUACCUGGGUACUCAAAACAAAACCUCGGGAGUCAAUUCCUUUAGAGGCAUCAGAUAUGCUCAAGCUCCCGUCGGGAACUUGCGAUGGAAAGCGCCUGUGCCCGUGACGUACAAAAGAGCUUCAAAAAAGACAGUCAUCAAAGCUACCUUGCCAGGUCCAGCAUGCUACCAAAGCACACCGGGUUGGCGCGUUGAUACAAGUUUUGCGCUCAUCCAGGAUGAGGACUGUCUGCUGCUUGACAUCCAGACACCAAGUAACCCAACAUCGGAUAAGCUGCCUGUUUUGGUGCUUAUACAUGGUGGAGGCUACGUGGCUGGCAGCACGCAAUUUACUUCAGGCGACAGCCUCGUACACCAGGCGAACGGGUCCAUGAUCUAUGUUUCCGUCCAGUAUCGCCUCGGGGCGCUUGGGUUCCUCGCUGGAGACGACAUCGAUCAAGACGGGACAUCAAAUGUUGGUCUUCUUGACCAACGCGCAGCUCUAGAAUGGGUUCGCUCUAACAUUCGUUAUUUUGGUGGCGACCCUUCCAAGAUUACCAUCACCGGAAGUAGUGCGGGAGGGAGCUCUGUGACGAUGCAGAUGAUUAUGUACGGUGGCGUUGAACACCCUCCGUUUCACGCGGCCAUUCCAGAGUUCCCAUGGUGGACCCCAAUUUACGACAGCGACUGGGUGAAUAAGCAGUAUGCUGGCUUCCUGGAAGCUGCAAAUUGUACUUCUCUUCUUUGCCUACGAAAACUACCUGCAGCAGACAUCCAGGUUGCGACUCGCGCAUCUACCGUUGCUGCAUAUCUUACCAAGCAGUAUGCCCAUGGUACCUAUUACUGGGGCCCUGUGAUUGACGGGAACAUUAUCCGAGCAAAUCCUGAAGGAGAGUUCCGUGACGGCCAUUUCACCAAGAUUCCUGUUCUGGUAGAUCGAAACUUCGACGAAGGAUACAUCUUCUCAAACACCUCUGCCACCAGAGAGGAAGAGGUUUUGUCAGAUUUUGCAGCCCUGUGGCACGAUAACAAUGGCCAUUUUGCGGACAUUGCGUGGGGACUCUACCCCGAAUCAAUCUACAAUACCUCGCAUCUUGACGAUCUGCCCGCCUACCAGCUUAUGAAAAAAGCGGGUGGGAUAACAGAUACCAUUACUAACUACUUUAUCAGACGGUCAGCUCUCUUCGGAGACGCGAUGGUCAGUUGCCCGACCACCUACAUCGCUCAGGCAGUAGCCGAUGCUGGGAUGCCUGCCUACAAACUAGUAUUUAACUCUGGAUAUCAAUUUCAUUCAGCAACGGGGUACUUCAUAUAUAGCAACUACACGAAUGCCGAUGGGUCCCGUGAAGCCAGGGGCGCAUUAAUCCCGGGCAACGCUACUUUGGCAACAUUAUUGCGCAAUUCCUUUAUAUCCUUCACCAUCCACCAAGACCCCAACGCGUUGACGGUCGAUGCCAUAUCAGCUCCUUUGUGGCCGAAGUAUGAUUCUGAAACCCCGGAAAUCAUGUAUAUGUCGGACUCGGGGGUUCGAGUAAUGGACGAUCCAGAUGUGUCGCACAGAUGUCACUUCUUAAGAAUGGGCCGUGGAAAUAAUCUCGGUAUUUGGCCACAAUGGUGACUUCCGGGAUGGGCGACUUAGGAAUCCUUCAAAAUAUUGUGCAUCGGAUAUUUUAUGAUUUAUUUGCCACUUCCAUCCAUCUUGGUCCCAGUGGCAUGAACCGAGUGCUGCGAAUAGAUCUCUAUGAAAUAUGCACAAGUAAUCUU